UGGCCUCCUGCGGGCGGGGCCUUCCGGGCCGCAAUGUUGCCGAGCUCGGUUUGCAAGUCUCCGGGCUCCGCGGACAGUUUGCUGGGCCCGGUGCAAUCUAGCCGAGGCAACAUUGCCGAGAGGCGGAGUCGGGCCGGACGAUGAUGUACCCGGUGAUCCAGAGACUGCUGCACAAGCGCGUGGUGUUGGCCAGCGCUUCCCCGCGCCGCCAGCAGAUCCUUAGCAACGCGGGUCUCAAGUUCGAGGUGGUUCCUUCCCAGUUUAAAGAGACGCUCAGGAAAGCCUCGUUCCCCACCCCCUACGCGUAUGCCGUGGAGACGGCCAAGCAGAAGGCCCUGGAGGUGGCCCGCAGGAUGCACCAGAAAGACCUCUGGGCCCCCGACAUCGUCAUCGGAGCAGACACCAUCGUGGCGAUCGAGGGGCUGAUUCUGGAGAAGCCUGUGGACAGGCAGGAUGCCUACAGCAUGCUGUCCAGGCUGAACGGGAAGGAGCACAGUGUGUUCACAGGUGUCGCCAUCGUCCGCUGCUUCAGCCAAGACGGCCGGCUGGACGUGGACGUCUCGGAGUUCUACGAGGAAACGGCGGUCCAGUUCUCGCAGCUGUCGGACGAGCUGCUGUGGGACUACAUCGACAGCGGGGAGCCCAUGGACAAAGCCGGCGGCUACGGCAUCCAGUCCCUGGGCAGCAUGCUGGUGCAGCAGAUCCGCGGGGACGUCCUCAACGUCGUGGGCUUCCCCCUGAACCACUUCUGCAGGAAGAUGGCCGAGCUGCACGGCCCGCCCCGCCCCGAGCACCGGCCCAAGAGCUCACUCCUGGGCGACGUGGACACGGAGGGCGCUGGCUCGCACCCCGCUUGGAGGGACGAGGGCUGCGGCCACGGUGGGGCGCAGGGCGGGGCGCAGGCCGGCGGCCACGGACCAGAGGCUCCGGGCAGCCAGGACGCAGGUCGCGACAGCACAGCAGACACCCUGCCCCCGUUCCCGACGAGCCUCCUCGAACUCAUGGACGGCUUCAAAGCAUCGAAGGCCCUGUUCACGGCUUGCAAGCUGAAGGUGUUUGAUUUACUACAAGACGAGGGUCCGCUGAGGGCCGUGGAUGUUGCCAGCAAACUGGACACCUCUGAGUGUGGAACCGGCCGCCUGCUGGACGUCUGUGUGGCCCUGGGCUUACUGGAGAAGUCAGACAGAGGUUACAGGAACACGGAGCUGGCCGGCCGGCACCUGCUGUCGCACGGCGAGCACACCCUGCACAGCCUCGCCGUGCUCUGCGACGACCUCGACUGGCCCCACGUCAGCUGCCUGGAGCGCGCCGUGCGGGCGGGAGCCGCCGCUGACUGCCGCCGGCGGGCCGCGGGCACCGAGGACGGGGCCGUGUUCCCGGACGCCAGCCAGAGCCCGGACAGAAAGCCGUGGUUCUCAGGAGCCACGCAUGGCCUCGCCAGGCUGACCGCACACCAGGUGGCCACGGCCUUCGACCUGUCCCGAUUCAGCUCCGCCUGCACCCUGGGAGGCUGCAUGGGUGCCCUGGCCCACGAGCUUGCCCGGGAGUACCCAGGUCUGAGGGUGACCGUGUUCGACCUCCGAGAGGCCGUCGAGCGUGUGGCUUGUUUUCAACCCACCGGGCAACCGACAGAGCAGGUCAGCUUCGUGCCAGGUGACUUUCUGAAGGACCGCCUCCCGGAGGCAGACCUGUACAUCGUCUCCGGAGUUCUCCAGGGCUGGCCCGACGACAAGGCGCACGAGCUGCUGAGCCGGAUCUCAGGCAGCUGCCACCCAGGUGAGGCCACAUCGCCGAGGCCCCUCCCUCAAACGGGAAGACGGUUUUUAUUAAAGACACAUACACAUAAAUCUCACAGAGUAGGUCGCCCCAGCCACCGUCUGGUGCUCGGCGGCGGCGUGUUGCUGGUGGAAGUGGCCCUGGACGAGGACGCGCGGGAGGGCCCGAAGCGCGCCCCCCGCCAGUACCGACGCCUGCUGGAGCGACACGGCUUCGCGGACGUGCGGGUGGCCCACACGAGGGACGUCCUGGACGUGGUCCUGGCCAGCAGGGUCGUGCUCUGACGGCAGCCAGGGGGUCGGGGGUCCGACGGCCGGCCUUUCCCGGAUGUGGACUGGCAGCGGACGUCUCCUGGGAGGCCGGGCACAAGCGCACACAUUAAACACUGAGCGGCUCGGGCUGGCCGCCCUCGUUUCUGGGGCCUGGGAACCGGCAGCUGCAGGGUGACGAAGGACCGCCCUGGGAGCCUGGGACAGAGCAGGGCCCUCGCCGGAUCGCUGUGCCUUCUGCCCGCAGCCCUCACGCUGCAGUGACCGCCGGCGCAUCUCACCCGCGCUGUCACACGGGUUUUCGGUGGGUUUCCUCCGUGCCCCGUUUGUCCCCGUCCUGUCCCAGCUAGUGCCUUGUGGGAGCCGUGCUGCGGACCAGCUCUUUGAGCACACUGUUUCCCCGUCACUGCAGUGACCAGAAGAAUAGCUCUGCGGGCCCUAACCGACAUCUUUAGGAAGCCGGUGGCUCGUGCAGGUGGAUGUUCAUUGUGUCAAGAUGACGGUUUAUCGCGCAUGUCCCCAAGCUACCCAUCUGACGCGCCUUUGUGUCUUAGGAAUGUAAAGACCGAGCUCCUACACGUGCUCCUGUGGAUUAGACGUUAUGAAGUGUGCGGCAACUUACAGUUUGUGGAGCUUUUGUAUAGAUGCACUAUUCCUGGAUAAAACGCCCCGUGUCAGCCGGGACACCUUCAAACAGGGCUCCCAUGGGUGCGGAGGCUCUCAUGCGGAAACCAGCAGGUCGUUAGAUGCACAGGUAACUUAUACAGACAUAACGUUCUGUAUAAGGAUAUAUUUUAGGUAGAAUAUAAAAAUUAUGCAUACUUUACACGUAGAGAUACAGAUGUGUAAGCAGCUUACACACUUAUGUACGUUAUGUAUUAUUAACGUGUACACAGACACAAACAUAAAAUUUUAGAUGCACAGAG